AUGCCAUCAAUCCCUAUUCCCAGAGGACGUCGUCGUAGUCAGCGCCAGUCCAAUCGUCGAACUUUGCAAGAUUCUGAAGAUAACUCGAACCAUCAAGCAGAAUUUUCGAAAGGAAAGAAGAGGAAAAAGGACUCGUGUGUAGUUUCAGAUGAUCUGCCAGCACGCCCAACAGGGCCGAGGGAGUCUCUCGAAGAAGUGGGCGUCCACGUCGGUCAGAAGACAUCCCGGGAGCGGCUCCUGGAACUCCUAGCCCAGCGUGUCAAGCCUAAGAAGCCUCGGCUGGACAAGAAAACACCAAAAGCUAUCCGUCCAAAGAACACUUCAAGCCAAUUCAAUCAGGACAAACAUAGAAACAACAGUACACCUACUUCGGAAACUCUCAAGACUCCGCAACAGGAAAUAGAAACAGUUACGUAUUCGGUCUUUCAUGAGUCUCAGCUUGUCAACAUGCUACAUGAUGUGGGGAUGGAUACACGGGGACUCGACAAGGAUGCGCUUGUCAAAGCUUGCAGGACAUACCAUGAUUUGACAGUUACAAUUCCUGAAUUCUCAAUUGACAUACCUCAAGCUAGUUCUUCGAAAUCAAAAACUGGAGUAUCUGCGUCCAAGGAUCUUCCGAGUCUUGAACACAGGCGUUUUGCUUUUCCUCGGCCGAGACCAACUUUACCAUUAGUGGAGACCACGAGAUCAGAACACCAAAAAGGUAAGGGGAAGGCGGUCGCAUCCGACACGGACGAUGAUUGGGUACAACCAAGUGAUCAAGAAAUGUCGGACUUUUUGGAAGAUGAUGUGGAAGUGAAAGAUCCAAAAACCAACUCUUCUAAAGAUAAAGGUGCAGAAGCAACUAUUCCGGGUGGCGUAAAUCAGAAUAGAACCGGCAGUAGUCCAGGGACAGAGUCAGCCACUUCCGAUCAAAGCAAAUUAAUCACUUGGUUGAAAACAACACUGCUAGAUACUCAAGAUCGAGUCGAAGAACUUGAAAGCAGUUAUCGAAUUCUAUCCGGUCUGGUCAAGAGAUUGGUUAAAGAUCGUGAUAAUGACAAGAAAGAAGAUAUAAAUACAUGCGGUGGGCGAGUUGCGGCACGUCUCAGGUUUCAUGUUGAAACUCUCUUAGGGACCGAGAAAACUAAAGCCCUACCACGGCCUGCAAGCUCAGAGGAUCAUAGUACAUGGAAGGCUGAUAGACCCUUGGAUGAUGUUGAAUUUCUCUUAGAUCUUGAAUCAACCCCGAAUAACGUGCAAGAAGAGGAUCCUUGCUUCCCAUUCAAAGACGGACCAGGCCACUCAAACGCAUCCCCUCAACAACUGUCAAUCAUGUGGCAGAUGAUGAAAUCUGUUGGUGUGAUGAGCUUUCGACCUGAUUUCUCUAAAGCUGCUUCAUCAAAGUAUAACAAGUGGCUAUGGGACCUUGCACUUAAAAUAUUUGUCAAGCUUGCAGAAUGUGGAGAAUACACGGGGAUUCCACUUGAUGCAGCAGGAAUUUUGGUGAUUAAAAAGAAUCUAGCAACACAUAUACAAACGCUUAUGAAGAGGUAUCGUCAAGAAAACUGGGACGCUGCACGGAAGAAAAAAGCAGCAGAUGAAGUCAGAAGAGCUACAAGGAUGCGAAAUCUGAAAUCACUGCGAGAGCGUGUAGCUCUCUCUAGACAAAGCUUGUGGCCACUUGCUGCCUUGAUGGUUGCCGCUUGUAGUGAUGAUGAGACAGAAGACGAAGAAGUUAUGGAACUGAGCGAAAAUUUGCGCUACAGCCGACCACGCCACGUAAGAAGGCUCCAGUGGCGCAGCUCCGACCUCGAAAUGGUCUGUUCUCGUGUUGACGAAUACAAAGUCAAGAUUGAUAGUAGCAUACCUGGGUUUUCGCCUGGUCAAAGAGGCCGUCGCCCACGAGAGCGUCUUCGGAGUCAGGAUGGACCUGUAAGUAGAAUCGAGGCACCUGUAGGACUGCCAGUGGAUUGUUAUUCAGAAGAAUGGUUGAAUAGAUUGUCGGCCUUGGAGCGAAAUCAGCUGGAAAUACAUCCAAUACCCAUUCUGCACAAGAUGAUUGAAGCUCUCGACUCUCUCAUUUGA